CUCAACAAUCUCCCAUAGGCAUCGAGAUUUAUGGUGUACUCCUUCACUGGAUUGGAAGAUUCAUGCCUUCGACGUGCUUCGAUGGUGCGAAUCCGGAUCUGGACUCAUGCUUGUAAGUCCCUGUAUUUUUCGCUGUUGUCAUUUUGGUGCGUGUGAGCAGCAAUAUGAAUGGUUAGUGGGGAGCCAGUACAAGUCUUUAGAAUUUGUUAAUUCGCAAAUCUCCUCGAUAUGAACUGGAUGCGUGGGGUCUAGGUGAGUGUUUCGAUUACAAUUGCUUUCUAGAAUGGUCGCUGUAGGAUGCUUGACGUACGAGCUAUUCUCGAUGUCAAAAACAGGGGAGUCACGAAACACAGCACCAAUUCCCAAGAACUUGUUGCCCGAUUAUCAAAGGUUGCUUUCAGCCCUCACGAUGCUUCAAAGUUGAUAGAAAACAGCGGUAAUAUUAUCGAGCACUAUUUUCUAUUUACUCGGUUUGAUGCGCAGAUUUCUUUCAAAAUAAACUUCUGGAAACAGUCCAGUUUAUGGCCUCAAGGAUACAGCUUCCUUGAAAAAGAUUCUUCCAAUGGUGGCUUCAGUUCUGGAGUUUGGGUCCGCAGCAGCCGUUACCUCCAUUUUUUAAAUGGGGGCUUGGCUGUCACAAUAGCCUACUGCAUUUUUCUUUUAUUAAGUUUUUGAUUGGCAACGCUGCACCGUUGUUCUGCAUUUUAUCCUUAUUUGUAAGGUGACUGACCUUUUUUUCACAAUUUAUUGUUCUUUGCGUCGA